UUCAUUCAAAAUGUCCACAGUUCAGAACGUCGGAUUCUUAAGAGCAGUUGUGGUGUUAUUAACAAUAUCCGUAGCUUUGGUCAACUGCCAGAGAAGUUAUUUUGAUGAAAUUAAAGAUGCAAUGCACAGCCUCAAGAGUUAUUUGCAUACCGGAUUUGACGGACUUGCUAAACUGGCAAAGACGAUAGAAGUAGUAGAACAGUUUGUUGAUGCAACCAUUGGUGAAGAUUGCGAGCCUUUCGUAUGUCCUAAAGGAUUUAUAAGGGAAGUGAAUCCAAUGCACAAACCUGAAAGUAAUGGAUGCGGUUCAUUUGGAUACAAGUGGAAAGAAGAAAAGUUGCCAUUAAAAGAGUUAGAGGAAUGUUGUCAUUCUCAUGAUUUUUGCUAUGAUGACUGUGGGGCUGAUAAAGACUUGUGUGAUUUGCAUUUCAAAAAAUGUCUUUACAAAGUUUGCUCAAGUCGCGAACAAGAGCUUUCAACAUUAUUCAUGAAAGCCUGUAAAGGAACUGCAAAGCUAAUGUACACUGGGACUUUAGCUCUGGGAUGCAAGGCCUAUCAAGAUGCUCAGAGUAAAGCCUGUCAUUGUAAUCGACGAGAUGAACUCUAAAAGUAAUUUGUGAUAAUUAACUAAAAAAAUUUUAAUGUUUCAUUUUUG